AUGAAACGAUACAUUGUCUUCACAGCAGCUGGAGCGGGGCUAUUCUCCUCCUUAUCCGCCCAGAUCUACUUCCCAUCAUUGAGCGUGCUGGCAAAUGACUUGAAUGUGUCAACGUCCAUGAUCAAUCUGACAGUCACGAGCUACAUGAUAUUCCAAGGUAUUGCCCCUAUGUUCAUUGGGAGCUUCGCAGAUCAAACAGGACGCCGGCCUGCGUACAUCAUUUGCUUCGUGAUCUACAUUGCUUCCAACAUUGGCCUGGCCUUGCAAGACAGUUACGCUGCUUUGAUCAUACUACGAUGUAUGCAGGCCUCUGGCAUCAGCAGUACCGUGGCUCUCUCAGCCGCAACAGUUGCCGAUGUCGCCACCAAGGAGGAGAGAGGAACCUACAUGGGCUUUACCAUGGCCGGGAACUUCAUGGGCCCAGCCAUCGGUCCCAUCAUCGGGGGCCUGCUCGCCCAGUACCUUGGUUGGCGAUCUACCUUCUGGUUCCUGGUCAUUGCUUCAGGGGCCUUCCUUCUCCCCCUCCUCUUCUUCCUCCCUGAGACUGCCCGAAAUGUUGUCGGCGAUGGCACUCAGCCCGCUCAGCCAUGGAACCGACCAUUCAUCCAAUACCUCUCUCCCCAGAAAUAUGCCGAUCGUCCUGCGACCUCCAGCUCCAGUGAAACCGGGAGCGAGGACUCGAUCCAGGAGAUCAAGCACAAGCUCCGGUUCCCCAAUCCCCUGCACCCUCUCAAGAUUGUUUGCCAUGUCAACUCCAUCAUUGUUCUGGCCGUCACCGGUGUUAUCAUGGCCGGAAACAUGACUGUCCUCUCCUCUAUCACCUCCACCUACACCGACCUGUACGGUCUCGACGAGCUCGAGAUUGGCCUCUGCUACAUCGCCAUGGGAUGUGGAUCCAUCGUGGCCUCCGUCUCCACUGGCCGCAUGCUCGACUGGAACUUCAAGCGCAUGGCCGCGAAGAACGAGUCAGACGCCGUGACCUCCGGCAAACAGCUCCAAGAAGUACCUGUCGAAAAAGCCCGCGCCAUGAUCACCACUCCGCUUGUGGUCCUGGGUUCGUUGACUACCCUCGCCUUUGGCUGGGUUCUCUACUACAAAGCCCCACUCGCAGCCCCCGAAGUCAUUCUCUUCUUCGUUGGCAUCGGGCAGACCGGCGGAUUCAUCUCAACCUCCACUCUCCUCGUCGACCUCCACUCCAGUAACCCCGCAGCCGCAACAGCCGCAAACAACUUCGUCCGUUCCCUCUUCUCCGCCGGUGCGUCGGCAGUCAUCGACCCCAUGCUGGCUGCAAUGGGCCGGGGAUGGACCUUCACCCUCGUGGCCUUCGUUCUCCUCGCAACAAUUCCCUUCCUGCUUCUCCUCUGCGGAAUGGGACGGAAGAAGGACGCUCCCAAUGUGGAGAAACAGUAG